CCUCUGCUUUCCUUCGCUCUUAGCCACAUCUCGCCUCGCGCUCCACUUCUCAUCGUCUCCGCCUCGUCUCGUCACCGUCGUUUGUAGCUGUACUGGUCCUGCCUCUUCUCUCGCCUUCCUCUUCUGUUGCAUGCCACUCGGCCGCACGCCGCUCCCGUCCCUGUGCCGUCGCUCUCCACUUGCCCGCUGCUUCCACUCGUCGCGCCGCACCAUGGCGCCGCCCGCCACGCCGCUGCCGCAGCACGUGGCCACCGCCCUCGGCCUCAAGCCCGGCGAGGCGGCCUUCCGCGAGGGCAGCGCCACGAUUGCCGUGCCGAGCAAGGAGGCCGCCUUCCUCAACCCCGUGCAGCAGUUCAACCGCGACCUCUCCACGCUCGCCAUCCGCACCUGGGCGCAGGUGCGCGACGACGCGCGCCGCCAGCGCUUCGAGGCACGCCACAGCGAGGCAGGCGCCGGCGCGCGCAAGAAGCGCCGCAAGAACGUAGCGCCGAAGACCGAGACCAGCGCAGACAAGGCGAGCGCAGCGACAGAUGCCAACGGCAAUGCGGCAAUGGCAGACGGCGCCAGCACCUCGGCAGCGCAAGCUAGCACCUCUGCGAGCGAGCUAACCUCAUCAUCGACAGCAUCCGAGCCGCAGGCUGCACCCGCUGCAGAGCCGGCGCCGGAAGCUGAAGCCGCGAAGCCGGUGUACCAGUCGCAGCGCUUCACCAUCUUCGAGGCUCUCUCGGCGACCGGCCUGCGCUCCAUCCGCUACGCACGCGAGAUUCCGCUGCUCAAGUGGGUGCUUGCCAACGAUCUCUCGCCCUCGGCAGCUGCAGCGAUGCGCCGCAACGUCGCGCUCAACUUUCCGGCCGGCCGGCCAAUCAAGGAGUGGCAGCCUGGAGAGGCCGCAGACGCAGCCGUAGCGCCGCUCGCCGACGAGAAGCCUGCCGAUCAGGAGGCAUCGACCGGAUCUGAGCCCUCGACCUCGACCACUGCCGACGCCGCGGCACCAAGCGCCGAUGCUUCGGCUGCCACCGACGGCGAGCCUCAGAUCCACAAGCACUGCCGCGUCCGCGUCAACGAAGGCGACGCCACCGACGUGCUGUACACGCACCGUGCCGUGUCCAAGCGCUUCGACGUCAUCGACCUCGAUCCGUACGGCUCGGCCGUGCCCUUCCUCGACGGCGCCGUGCAGGCCGUGGCCGACGGCGGCCUGCUGUGCGUGACGUGCACCGACCUCGCCGUGCUCGCCGGCUCGGGCCACCCGGAGAAGGCCUUCUCGAGCUACGGCGGCACCGUGGCGCGCGUCGACUACUGCCACGAGGUGGCGCUGCGUCUCGUGCUGCACUCCAUCGCCUCGGCAGCUGCGCGCUACGGCCGCACCAUCACGCCGCUGCUGAGUCUCAGCAUCGACUUCUACGUGCGCGUGUUCGUGCGCGUCGAAAGCAAGCCAAUCGAGGUGAAGCGCCUCGCCUGCUCGACGGGCACCGUGUCGACGUGCAACCGCUGCGGCAACUUCGAGGCCGCGCCGCUGGGCCGCGAGCGCCCCGAGGAGCGCGGCGGCCAGAAGUUCCAGCCCGGCUACGCCGCCUCCGUCGGCAGCAUGUGCCAGGAGUGCGGCGGGCAGGCCCGCUUUGUGGUCGCAGGCCCGAUGUGGCUCGGUCCUCUGCACGACAAGGACUUCUGCCGUGCCAUGCUCGCCACGCUCGAGCAGGCGCCGGAGCGCUUCCAGACGGCACAGCGCAUCCGCGGCAUGGUCGGCAUGGCCGCCGAGGAGCUGCAGGAGCCCUUCUACUUUGUGCCGUCGCGCGUCGCGGGCCUCUUCCACUGCGAGAACCCGACGCUCAUCGACGUCGUUUCUGCGCUCCUCCACGCCGGCCACGAAGUCUCGCGCUCGCACUGCCAGCCCGGCAGUCUCAAGACGACGGCCUCUCGCGCGCAGAUCUUCGAUCUCUUCCGGCGCUGGAUCGAGCUGCACCCCGUCGCCGAGAAGAACAUCAAGCCUGCGUCGCCGGCGCGCAGUCUCAUCGACCGCAAGCCGACGCACGAGUUCAGCUUCGACGAGGAGCACCCGCGCGUCAAGGACGUGCUGGCCGCCGAGCGCAAGGGCACAAAGUACCAGGUCAACCCGCUGCCGCACUGGGGCCCGGGUACGGCUGCUGCCCGAGGAGGCGCAGCAGCGACGGGCGAGAAGCGCAAGCUCGAGGCCUGAUCCGUCUCCCUGACCCGACUCCUGAGAUUCUCUACACAUCAUACCCCACCCCUGAAUCCAUCGCAUCCCUC